AUGCAAAGUAUACGCAAAUUAGUACGUAAGCCACGCGUAGACGAUUGGUCACCGUUGGCAAAGUUCUAUUAUGCGGACGAAGCGCUGAAUGCGGUAGCAAACGAGCUGGAUUCUUUCGAUGGGCGUCGCGAUCCAGAACGUUGCAAUCAGUUGGUUACGAAAUUAAGACAAGCCCAGGAUCGUCUUUUGCAUAUCAUCUCUGAAAUGAUGAUAAUCGUAUUCCCACGAGAAGCGGACCGUGCAUGUCGUGACUAUCGUGUAAAAUUUCCCGAUGAAAUUGUACAUGAUAACUUGCCUGGUCAACUGUGGUUUGGAGCUGAGUGUCUGACGGCUGGCUCGAAUAUAAUCGACCAUGAAGCAGAAUCUGAAGCGAUCAGGCCGAUGGCGAGAGCAUUGACGAGACAUUUAGAUAGUCUUCGUGACUUACUGAAAGACCAGUCGUUGCGUGAUCCGACGCAGUAUUCAGAUAAGAUCAAAAGCAGCCUUAAAUUAUUCGAUCAUCUGUUCGCCGAAUUCGAACUAAAUUAUGUAAGUGCUAUGGUACCAGUGAAAAGUGUUAAAGAGUAUGACUGCCAACUGGAUGUGGCGGUACUUUUUUCAGAAACACUCGAAAGAGCUCUGAGAUUAGGUUAUAUCACGCAAGAAGCGAUUGAUGACUGUGAUCCGAAUGUGAUGAUAACAGUGCCUCGUCUCGCGAUUGUUUGAGAAUCUUUCGGAUAUNUGUUUCGUCCAUUUCAUAAUCUAUUAACAAAGAUCCGUAACUUGCUGAGAGUGGUCACUCGUGAAGAGCUAAGAGCCGUGGAAUUGGCGUUAUGCAGUGGAGAUUCGGCAGUUUCAUCGACAGUUGCUCUGCAGCAAUGUGAUGCAGCUGGUGUAGAGGAACGGCCUUGGGCAGAUACAUUCACAAUAUGUGAUUUCAAGCAGACGACUGCUACUGUCUGUUCACGUUCACACAUACAUCCUAAGAAAUCAUCGUCAACUAAUGCCGCACAAAAUUCCAUGCCGAAUAUCAAUUCUGUGCAGAGUUCUACUCCAAACGUUGAUAUCGACAUCAAUAGUACAAACACUAAUUCUCAUGCUAGCAAUAGCCCAGAAUGUGAUGUUAAUAGCAGUGAUACUAAACCAUCAUCAUCGUCGCGACCUCAUUCUCAGUCUCAACUGCAGUCAUCAUCUAAAACUGAAGUCGAGUUGACGAGAAGAGAAGCAACAGCAUCAUCUUCACUUCAUCAUUACAACGAGGAAUCUGAUGAAAACGAUUCGUCAGCGAAUAAUUCUCCUUCGCCAUCUCGAAUUGCCGAAGAUAGUUGUGCUGUAGCUCGUCGUAUAUUAUCACCAACUGAGAGUGCUUCUUCGCUUUGUGACUUGCAACCGUCAAAUAAUGAUAACUAUAACGCUGAAAAGCAUUUAAUAGUGAGCAUUAGCGCUGCUGGUGUUGAUAAGAAUGUUGCUGAUCAGAGUCAUGUAAGUGGUAAUAACAACUGUGGAGCAACGAAUGCACACGCUCUGCGCGCGCGUUUUCGGUCGUCAGCGGAUAUCGUACAUCGUUUGUUCGUUUGUAUUGCUGGCGUAGCCGAUCAGCUGCAGACCAACUAUCCAGCUGAUGUGAGGAAAGUACUCAAAAUGGUACUGCAGCCAAAUGACGUUGUACCUGUUUAUGAGGUACCGGGCGAGACGGCAUCGCAACCCGUCAAUGAAGAAGAGACAGGUGUUGAAGUACAGGAAGCCCUUCCGUUGCCAUCAUUUGUGGAUGAUUUGGAAGGUGUUCGAUGGGUGCCGGAUAGUGAUUGUGAGCAAUGCACGGCUUGUGCGACCGCGUUCACACUCGUCAGGCGUAGACAUCAUUGUCGUAACUGUGGGCGUAUCUUCUGUUCAAGGUGCUCGGCAAAUUCGCUGCCUUUACCCGAACUAGGUUAUGAUCGAAAGGUGCGUGUAUGUAAUUUAUGUUUUCUGUAUAAAAUCAACCCGUUCUCGCCGUGCCAACCAAUACCAAUGGGUAACAGCAGUGCAGCAACCGUUCAACACCAACCACCCCAGAUACACUCCAGUCGCAAUCAAAAUCAACAGCAUGCUCAUCUCGACAGCACUUUUCAUAUGCCCGGCGAUGCUACAUAUAAUACCGUGACUUCUUCGAGCGCGACCACGCAUUCUACGAGUCAGGCUUCCUGA